AUGAGCAAUACGAGUAAUAUAAGUGGGAACAAUAAUAAUGAACUAGACUGGGAUGCCCUAAUGGAGUCCAAUUUGAUAGAUAAGCAAUCGUUAAAUCACCUUGUUUUGAACUAUUUGAUAUUUGAAGGUUAUGAAAGUUCAACUGUUAAAUUUGCUAAAGAGAUUGGUAUUGAUUUAAACAAUAAAGGGACCAAACAAGAUGAUGACGAAGAUGAGGUUAAUCCGUUACAAAAGAAUUUAUUAAUGGGUAUAAAUUCGAUAAAGAUUAGAAAUGAAAUUAAGUUAAAUAUAUUGAAUGGGGAAGUUCAAUUAGCUAUAAAUAAAUUGAAUUUAAACUAUCCUGAUUUAUUGGAACAAAAUAAUUUUCUUCAUUUCAAAUUAUUAUUAUUGAAUUUGAUUGAAAUGAUUAGAAAUAAUAAUGAUGAUUCCAAAAAUGAUGAUAAUAAUCAAGAACUAUUUGUUAUGAAUAUUAUCAAAUUUGCUCAAGAUAAAUUGACAAAUAAAGCAAUUAAAAAUGUUAAAUUUAUGGAGGAACUAGAAUUAACAAUGACUUUAUUAUUAUAUUCAAAUAAUAAAGAUUUAUUACCUGCCAAAUUGAAUGAACUGUUUGAAUUCAAAUUAAGAAGAGAUAUAGCUGAUCUAGUGAAUAAAUCAAUAUUGGUGAAAGAUUCUAAUAAUUUAAUUGAUUUAAAUUAUAAAAAGAAGUUUUAUGAAGUUAAACACGAAGAUAAUGAUAACAAUAAUGGCAAUAAUGAA